CGCGUGGAACGCACGCGCAGCACUUAGGUGUGUCGCCCGCGCGCUGUUUGAAGUGGUUUGUUUUAGCAUCUGGAGGCUGUUCGCUGCAUUGAUGUCACGAGGUGUUUCCAAAGAAUAGCCCGUUUUUCCGAGGAGAAGCCUUGAACGGCGAUGGAUGCGUGAGACGGGCGACAAUGGAAGAGGAAGGACAAAUUAACUUCAAAGCACUGAGGGCUAAAUUUCAGGAAGAGGCUCUCCUGGCUCGUUCAAAAAACAACCGACCAGCUGUUGCUGAGAAACCCAAACUCCUUCAGCCUUAUUUAGGGCAUUGCAGCUCUGUGGACAGUGGGAUUGCCACGGCUGUGGAAACCCAGACCCCUGAGAGUCCCCAUGUCCUCUUCAGGGAUGGGCAUCGGUCAUCUGGAGGUAAACGCCCGAUAUCCUUUCCUCCUCACUCUAAGCAGACCUCUCCCUCACCUAAGCUUGCAAAUGGAGAUGGCUCUGCAAAGCAUUCCCUCAAAGACCGACACAUGCCUUUAGUGCUCCCUGUCCCGCCCGUUAAAGAUCAUAGAGCGGACGUGCCUGGUGGAAAUGAGCACAAGCAAGCUUCGGGGACGGGAAAAGAAGUCUUCCCACACACUAAAAUGAAGAAAAAGGGUUUGCUACUUCCUUUCAAAUCAGCUAAAGGCUCAAAAUACAGCGCUGACAAUGGAGAGGAGCCCCCAUGUGGCGAUUUACCCAUCAGGCCCAGCAGUGCUCUUAGUGACUCCUGCUCGAUGGAAAAGCAAAGCGUUGAAGAACGCGCUUCCCUCCAGAGUGACCAGUCCAUCUCUGAGUACCUUGCAUCCAGUCCUGAGUUCUCAGUCACCCCUCCUCCACCAGAAACCUACCCUGACUCUGACAACAGGAUUCUGAGCACGCUGGAGAAGGCCAAAAGAAAGCUCUCGCGGCGACAGGUCAUGAUUCCAACUAAACCCAAAGGUCUGCCUUCGCCUGACUACCCCUGCAGAGAGAAGACCUUCCCUUCGUCUCCAAAGUACCCAGACAGCGUCGGCUCGGCCGGCCGAGCACCUCCACCCACGUGCCUUCCACACUUGGCCUGUAUUUCUGCUCGGCCUUUCGUCAAAGCCAACAACUCUGCGCGCAAGCCCGCUUUUGCCGGACAGCUGCGAGUGAGGCCAGUCGAACCUUUUUCACCUCGGGUUCCCUUAAAGAAACCGCUACCUGAGCUGUGGACACUUGGACCGGUUCCAGUAAAGCCCCCCAGACCUCCAACAGUUGAUCUUAGCUCUUACUGUGCAACCCUAGUUAAAGAAGUAUCACCUGGUUGGUGCCAAACGCCAAGAAGGUUGGAGGUCUCUGCGCUGCAUGCCCCUGAUUUUCCAGAUUUUGAGAUUUCGGAGCUAGAAACAGCAGAGGGGGAACCCGUUGACAUUGCCGCAUUAGAAACCGGAGCUUUAGACGUAGUCGUCGGUAAGCUUUCGACACCCAUCAAAUCCGAGGUCACUGAUUACGAGGCCCCGGGUUCUGCCUCGUUGGUUGGUGAUCCUGCCGAAUCCAAAAGGAGCCCUGUUGUCCAAGAUCUAAACCUCGGCAGCCCACACAUAAUACCCCUUGAUCCAGCAAGCUUUCCUGAACCAGUAAGCCUGCCAGAGUUUCCAGAGCCGACUCUACCAGAGCGGCCGUCCUACAGCGAAGAGGCAGCGGUAGAUAUUUUCCCAAUUCUCGCCUCUGAAGAGACGGAUGCGGAGGUUGUUGAGAGCCGGUCCGUCCCAGAGGAAACUGAGCUUGUGGUCCAUUCAACAUCCAACCAUGAGACUCAAACGCAACCAAUUGAACCCCACCAGAACAGCUACUAUGAAACAUUUGAUAAUGUUUAUGAAGACGUUGAGAUCAAGAAGUUCCUUGCAAGCCAGAUGUCAACUAAACAAAAGAACAUACUAAAAAAUCCAUAUGUGGACAGCCAGUCAAAGAAGAGGGAGACGAGUCUUCACAAACGAACGCGGCAUCCAUGGCAACACACAAGCCCCAACACUGCCGAUCACAAAGAGCAGAAGAAGAGGGAGAAACACCGACUUGAAAAGGAGAGAAAGGAGCAAAAAGAGAGGGAGAAGAAAGAAAACGAAAUGAAAAAGAAGUUCAAAGUGACCGGGGAGGAGGAGCCAAUGUACCACGCCAAGGUCACGGUGGCCAGUAAAGUCCGCAAGAAUGACCUGCCCGUGAAGAACGGGGACACGGUCAGCAUCAUCCGGACCACCAACUGCCCCAAAGGCAAAUGGCUGGCCCGGGAUGCCAACCACAAGUACGGUUAUAUUUCAGUGAUGAAUGUUGAGUUGAACAUCAAGGACAUGCUGGAACUUGGCAAAAAGGCUCAAGCAGCUGGACGAGGAGCCUGUGCCGAGCCAGACACCAUCAGUAUUGGGAGCAGAUCCUCUAACCCUCCUCUUCUUACAAGCAGCUUCACAGAUGACAGCGAGGAGUGGGCCUGUGAGGAUGAAACUCUCUCCCCAUCCUAUGAAAGCCACAUUGCCCAGCAGACUGUUUCAGAGCAAGAAAUGUCUUGUGUUAAUGUGGAUGCCCAGCAAGCACUCGGUGACAGCAACCUGGAAGAACUGCACACGCAGAGCAGGAACGAGGCGCUGCAGAAACUAGCCCUCUUGAUUCAGCACAGCAGAGAUGACCUAGGUGACGGAGGGGCGGCCUCUGUCAGCUCUGACACGUCCAGCUUCUUGUGCGCAGUCGAGGAGCCGCCGUAUCCCGAACAGGAGAUCGACUUCACCGAGAUGGAGCUCCUUCCUCCUCCUCCUCUGUAUGCCGAUAGCCUCUGAUCCACACGGGCUGAAGGAGAGGCUCUGGGCCACAUUACACAUCCAGAUGGAGACUACCGUCAGGGGCGCAGUCUCACCAACAAACUGUUUCUUUGAUUUAACUUUUGCCAGGGGUUGUAAUCUCACCCACAGUUUUCACAAUGGUUUGAGCACUUUUUAAUUUUCCUUUUUUUAAAGGCACUAUAAAAUGAUGUCCCUACACAGCCGAUUGGUGCACUGGAGCGGGUGGAAAUAAACCAUCGUUUGUGGUUGCUUUGCGUUGCAAUAGUGUUGAUUGAUUUUUUUUUUUUUUUUUUAAUUGAAUAUUUUUUCCCCCCCUGUUCCCAUGUGGCAUAAAAUAAAUGAUGAUGACCCUUUUGAUUUGGACUGUUUGCAUUCCCAGACUAGAGUAGUCAUUUUGAAACUGUGCUCCAUGAUUUUCCCGUAU